AUGCAAGAACUUAAUUUAGAGAACAUUAAUAUUAAAAAGGUUGAAGAAAGCAAAAAUGAAGGAAAUAAAUUAUUUAAAAAUAAAAAAUAUAAGGAAGCAUUAGAUAUUUAUCUUGAUAUUAUUUCAUUUAUUUGUUGUAAAUUGUGUGAUUCAUCAAAAGUUAGAGAAGUUGUAAAUUAUUUUCAAAAAAAUUGCGUUAAAGAAACAAAUAACUUAAAAGAAGAAAAUGAAAGCAAAAAUAGUUGUGUUACUGAUUUGCAUAUUAUUAAAAAUAAUUUUGUAAAAGUAUGUCAUAAUAUAUCCUUGUGCUAUUAUUUUCUAGAAAAUUAUGAAAAGUCUACUGAAUAUUGUUUAUAUAUAAAUGAAAUAGAAAAAAAUCAUUUCAAAAGUUAUCACACAUUAGGCAUGUGUUUUGAAAAAUUAAAAGAUUACAAAAAAAGUUUAAAUUAUUAUGAAAGAUGCAAAGUUGUACUUUUAAAAGAAAAUUUAAAUGAAAAUAAUAAAAAAGAAUUAGAAAAAAUUAAUGAAAAGCUAAAAUCCAUACUAAAUCUAAUGGACAAAGAGAAAUACUCUGAAACUACAACUAUAGAUAACAUUAAAAAAAUAAUUUUAGAUGAAAACAGUAAAGAAGAAGAAAAAAUAAAAAUGCUGCACUGUAUUUAUAAUAAAAAGUUUUACAUUCUUCUAAAGGAAAAUGUAUUUAAAUUUUUAUUUGAUGUUAUAAAUAAAAGUGAUAGUAUCCAAAUAGAGAAAAUGUGUUUGUAUGCUAUAUAUAAAAUAAUUUCAAAAAUGGAAAUGGAAAGUAUAAAGAUAGAAAAAAAUAAAGAUGAAAAUUAUAAAAACAGAAAAAUAUGUAUUAACAAAUUAGAUGAUUUAAAAUUUCAAUUUUAUUAUGACAUUGAUUUUAUAAAAAUACUAAUAUCCUUCAAUGAGUCAUUUGAUGAAAAUUGGAUAAAUAAUUAUAUAAAAAAUAAAACCAAAAAAUUAGAAAGUUUAAAAUUUUCAAAGGAUGAAUUUAUUUAUAAAUCUACAAUAGAUACCUUAGUGCACAUAAUAAAUAUAAUAAAAUAUAUUUAUGUGAUAAAUAAUGAAAACAUUCUAAAAAUAAUUAAUUUAUAUUAUUUAAAUAGUGAUAACUAUGAAAUGUUGAAUAAUGGGAUAAAUGCAGUAAUAUUCUUAUGCAAGAAAAAGAAAAAUUUAACGCUAAAUUCUGAUAAAAAAAAAAAGACAAUUUUUUUAGAAAAAUUAGAAAAAAGCAGUGUAGAUAUAAAAAAUUCCAUAGUUGAAUUUCAUUUCUGUGAUUCAUAUAAAUAUCCUGUUUGUGUUAAUACAGAAAUAAAAAAAAUAAUUCAAAAUGCUAUUGGGUUGUAUGAUAACUUUUCUAAUGAUGUUGAAUACUGUUUAAUAUUGCUACUAACUUUGCUUAAUGACAAAAACAGGCCUAAUGAAAAAGAUACUGAAAUGAAUGAUUUGAUAUAUGAAAGUAUUGAUUUAUAUUUUGACAUAAAAGAAAUAUCAAUUGAAUGGUUCGUAUGUGUUAAAUGCCUUUUCUUGGUAGAUAAAGAUAUUGUAUUAAAUUAUUUAAUAGGAAAAACAGAAUAUAUGUUUCAGAUUCUAAAUUUUAUUAAUAAUUCAAUAGGAAGAAAACCCAAAGGCCAUUUAUCUCUUUAUAUAGAUGUCUUAUUACUAUUAUUAAAUAUAUCAGAAUUACGAUUUAUGUUAAAUAAUUAUAUAGAUUUAUAUAUAAAUAUUCUUAAAACAUUAAAUUAUGAUGAAAAUUUUUUAAAAUUACUAGUUGGCUCUUUUAAAUUAUACAUGCACAAUAAAGAUUUCAAAGAAGAAAUAAUAAAAAAUAUAGAUUUAUUUUUUUAUUCUAAGGAAAUGUUAAAAAAAUUUCUCUUAAUCUACGAUAAAGAAAUUAUGGACAAUUAUGCAAAUCCUAGUGGGGUUAUUGAAAAUAAUUAUUUAUCUAAAGAUAAAAGAGAAUGUGUAGAUUUAACAAGAAUAAGUGAAAGUUUAGAUGAACAUAAUAAUUUAGUUUGUCUUGAAAAAAAUAUAGAAAAAGAUUCUUUAACAAAAAGAAAAAAUUUAGACAAAAAUAGUGUAAUAAAAAAUGAUGAAAAUAUAAAAAGUAAAAAAAAUUGUGAGCUUGUAUGUAAAAAUAAAAAAAAUGAUAAUACAGGAUACGAAAGAAUGCUAAAAGAUAUAAUAGAAAUGUUAUUUUAUUUAAGUUUACACAUUGAAUUUAAAAAACAGCUAUUAGAAGAAAAAAAUAAUUAUAUUUUAUUUGUUUUAAUAAGAAUAGGAGAACAUAUUAAUAAAAAGAAAUUAGAUAAUACAUAUAAAUAUAUAUAUUGUAACACAAUAAAUAAUUUAAUUUUAACAAGAGCAGAUGAAAAAAUGAGAAGAAGAGAAAUUAAUAAAGCUAAUUUAUCCAAUUUUGAUAAUGAACAAAUAGAAGCAUUAGAACAAUUCUAUGAUAAGUUGCCAAAUACAGCGAAACCAAAAAUUGAUCCAUUAUAUGAUUAUGGAGAUAGUGAUACAAGUAAUAAAUUAAUUUCUUUAUUAUUAUAUAAUGAGAAAUAUCAAAACAAUAUUAAUGAAAAAAGUUGUUCAGAUUUACCAAAAAUUACAUAUAAAAAUGGAACAAUUAUUAAUACUAUUUAUAAUUUUAUUAAUAGCAACUUUUUUACAACAAAUAUUGCUGAAUCAGUUUGUGAUAUCAUUUCAAAAUUCGUAAGAGAUACAAAUAAUAUUGGUAUAGUACUUGUUAAUAAUGGCUUGAAGGCAUUAUUAUUAGCUUCCAAGCAUAUUAAUAAUAAAAAAAGUUGUAUAUAUGCAUUAAGUGAAAUAUUUAUAUAUACAAAUCCCAAAUUAAUUCAUUUUUAUGAAGCAUAUGAUUCUUUGCCUUUAUUGAUUGAUCAAAUGCAUCAAGAAGAAGAAUUUUUAGUAUUUAAAACUUUAAUGGCUAUAACUAAUAUAUUAACUAUUGAUGAGAAUAUAGCUGUAAAAGCUAUACAAUUAAAUUUAUGGAAUAAAUGUUUUGAUAUUUUAUCAUCAGAGAAUGACUGCUUAAGAUCGGCUAGCUUAGAAUGUAUAUGUAAUUUGUGUGCGCAAUCUUAUGUUCAUCAGUAUAUUUAUGAUAAGUAUCAAAAACUUGUUAAAGGAAAUGAAGAAUGUCAAGAAAUAAAUUUUGUUGACAUUCAAAUAAUUUAUUCUUUUACUUUAGAAUUUGAAAAUUACAAAGCUGUGUUCGCUGCGACAGGAGCUUUAGGUAUGCUAUCAUCCGAUUUACGUUUACCAUUUUAUUUAAUUAAAACAAAAGGUUUCAAUCAUAUUUUUUCUUCUUUUCAAAAAACAAAUGAUCAGAAUAUUCUUUUACGUAUAUUAACAUUUUUUAAUAAUAUAAUAUUAAGUGAAAACAUCCCUGAUGAUACAAUAAGAAAAGUAAGAGAAUAUGUUAAUAAAAAAGAAGGUUUAAACGAAGAAAAUAUGCAAAUUUCCAAUUUAAUUCUUCAAUAA